GAGAGUGGUUUAGUACAGCAAGACUCGAAAAGAUCUACUCUGCAAAAAGGUAAAAAAUAAUAACCCUUGACUUGGUAAAUUGUGUCCUGUAACUGCAAAUUGUGGAACUUGCGGUGGCCACUGCAGCAAGUUUGUGCAGGUCUUUUUCAGAUGAGUGGAUACUUCAUCCAAGUCAAGUCGAAACUGCUCAGGCACACAUUAUUCACAUACAAACACUCACAAGGUCUGAGAAGACAGCCAGAUGGUGUGAGGAAGUGAGAGAGAAAAGAAAAAACAGAGAGGGCUCUCUGGGAAGGGGCCAGGUCAUUGGACUUUAUCAGCAUAUGAAGGAGGGAGCAGAGAGGGUGAUGAGGAAAGAUAGUGGGCGGUCGACUGUGAGGCUGACGGAAGGAGAGAUAGAGAAAAGGAGGAUUCUGACGAAAGGAAGAGAGAGCGCAGAUGUCAGCGGGACCCUGAUGGAGAAGGAAUUCUGAUGUUAGAAAGCUUUUGAAAAGAACAAGAUGGAUCAAAACUCAUCAGUUCUGCAGGUGACUCUCCAGAUUUCACAAGAACAGCCUGUCUCUGAAGAACCAAAGUCAUUGGUCAGAAGACUGUGGUUUCAGCUCCUAUUGGUCCUUUUUGUCUCCUCCCUCAUCGGCGCAGUGAUAGGGCUGGGGUGCUAUUCCCACUGGAAGACCAAUCAAGGCCCUGUUCCCUGUCUCUCUCCAGCAUGUCUGAGAGUAGCAGAACGUUUCUCUGCUGUCAUGGAUCCUUUUUCUCAACCUUGCGAUUACUUCCUGUUUACCUGUGGAGCAGAGACCACGACCCUCAGCAGAGGGAGGCAGCGGGGAAAGGUCUUCUCUCACAACAUAACCACAGGACAGGACAAGAGGAGGUGGACAGGCAGAGGAGGAGGAGGAGGAGGAAGAAUAGACAGAGAAUCAGAAACUAAAAGGGAGGGAGAUGAAAAGCCUGAGAGGAUACCAGACAGACACACAGCUUUGCUCCAGACAAUAAAAGAGAUCUUGGAGUCUCCUGUGAAGGAUGUUACCAUGAACAGUGCAAAGGAGAAAGCACAGAGGUUCUAUAACAGCUGCAUAGAAUCUAAAACUGCAGAGAGUGGGAACUCAGAACGCUUCCUCUCACUCAUUCAGCAGCUCGGAGGCUGGGCUGUGUCUGGGAGAUGGACUCAACCUAACUUUAACUCUACUCUGGCUCUGCUAAUGGCACAGUACAACACCUUCCCCUUCUUCAACGUGUAUGUGGGUUCUGACCAAAGGGAGGGUUGGACCAAUGAAAGUGCGCGCUUCAUCCAGAUUGAUCAACCAGAUUUUCCAUUCCCUAUCGACUGGAACAGUAACGCGAACAGAUCCAUAAUUAACCCAAAGUCUUUGCGUCCAUUCUUGUCGUCCUGUAGGCAGUUCUUGGCUCUGUUGGAUGUUCCCUCCACUCUAAUUACUCCGCACUGUGGCCUGUAUGUGGCUCUGUGUUCAACUCUAGUUAUAGCUACAUCUCCUCUUCCCUACCGACUCAGCCAAAAACUCCUAUACCAUAGAAUCACCAUCCAAGAGUUACAACUGCUGGCACCCGCUAUCGAUUGGCUCUACUGUCUUCAGGCCAUCUUUCAUCCUCUUCCUAUCAGCCAAUCAGAUAUCGUUUUACUGCAUAAUCUUCCAUACAUCAAGUAUAUGUCCCAGACAAUCAGCAAUUGGAAACGUAACAUUGAUAUGAAGGCCAGUGAUCCCCUUCAUACGUACAUGCUCCUGACUCUUCUGCAAAAACUGAUCCCUGCCCUGGACUCCAGAUUCACCCAGAUCAUGAAAAACUUCUCUAUAGCUAGUGGCUGCAGAGAAGAGGAUGUCCCACGCUGGAGACACUGUGUUCUUCAGACAAUGAAAGGCUUUGACACAUUGCUCAGUCAUGUGAUAAAGGAACAUUAUGCCAAUGAAGAGGCUAAGGAGUUGGUGCAUGAUAUUUACUCUACCUUCAAGACCAAAGUAGCGAACCUGAGCUGGAGGGAUGAAGAAACACAACAUUUUGUUUUGAAUAAGGUUAAAUCUCUCACUCCAAGACUCUCCAUUAACACCGAGGUCCUCGAUCCACUGACCCUCAACGAGUACUAUGCAGAGGUGAAUAUGAAUGAGAAGGACUAUUUCUCUAACUACCUGCAGCUGCUUGUUCUUCAGCAAAGGAGGAUGAGCAGAAUAUUCUCUCACACUGCUCAGAAUGAUGUGUUGUUCAUCAGUCCAUUUCUCUUUGGUAAUGACAUCAUCUUCCCAGUUGGACUGUUUGUGUCUCCUCUGUUCCAUUCCUCCUAUCCAAGAGCCAUCAACUACGGAAUUUUGGGAUCCUUGAUUGCAAAAGACCUUUUCCAUCUGCUACUGCCUGAUAUCCUCUCUCAAUCAGACAGUUCAAGGCUGGAGAGUGAGUGUGUGUGGUCUUACUACAUAAAUGGGAGGGCAAGUGCAGGCAUGUCUGGAACAUCCUCCCUCUCUCAAUCUCAGCAGAAGGAGGUGUGGGUGCAGUAUUCAGCGCUACAGGUAGCACUACAGGCAUACCACAAGAGUUUGCAGAGGCGCUCAGCUGAUACCUCUGUGUCUGGACUCUCUCACAUUCAUCUGUUUCUCUCCUCAUUCAUUCAGGCAAGCUGUGGCUCUGAGCCCUAUCGUGCAUUUAUGCCUUUUGAACCCUCCUUCCUGGUGACUGUCCUGUGUAGGAACUCUGACCUCUGUCCCAAACCAUUGAUCUGUGAGGUUAAAUCUCAGGGACAGCUUCCUGAGGGGUGUUAAAGCCAAGCCACAUCAUGGCUGUAAAGUGGACUGAACUGCUAUCAGCAACAUCAGAGAGAAUGAAAAAUGCUGCUCAGAAGUCUUUCAACCUUUGGAUGCAUUAAGGAUGCUGCUGUAGACCUUACAUCAAGGCUGUUACAGCAAACUCAGAAGUGCAAAACCAACAAAAAAUUGUAGAACUCAGUUUUUGGGGUUUUUUACUAUUUUGUAAAAAUAACAGAACGUUUAGAGCUGCUAAAUGCAUCUCGGAUUUCAGCGUUGUCUACCACAAGGCUUUUAUAAACUUCAUAAACUGUAGGCCAGUAUUUUCUGACUAACGACUGUGUCAUUUACACUCCAGAUGUAAGUGUGGACUGAUCUGAUGGAACUUUAUGGGUCUGUGUACCUUUGGUCAUUCGAUUUUCAUUUCAAAAACCAAUAUUGAAAAAUGGGAAAAUGACUCGAUUCUCAUUAUUGGUUCUGUUAUUGUCAGUGGAAAAAUCAAGGAAUAGCUUUGUUUUAUAGCUUCACAAACUACGCAUAAAAUUUAAACAACAAAAAAACAAAAAUGAAAUAAGGGGGUCAUAUUUUAUUCAUCCAAAUUUAAAAUUCCCUAUCACUUUAAAUAAACAUGCACGUGACACGUAUGGUCGCAGAACACACACACAGUGAAAAAUGACACGAAAAAGGACAGGAAAGAUUAGGCAUGGGUGUUAGAUAGAACCAAAAGUU